AUGGAGCACGACGCGUUUGCGUCACUGGCUGUCUUGCAGCUCUCAUCUCCAUGUCGUCUGUUGCGACCGGCUUGCUGCCCAGACAAGGACCUUGUCGUCCUGGUGUCCCGCCUUGGUGGAAGGGAUAGGUUGACUCUAUGGAAAAUGCAAGGAACCAAAAAGUGGGACGUUGAGGUAGAGUGUGACGAAAGCUCCAUUGAAAGUGUAUCAGCUUUAGCGUGGAGUCCUUGUGGCCAGACAAUCGCUGUCUCUCAUGGGUUCUCCCGCGUUACACUUCAUUCUGUGCAAGAUGGUCGCAUUGAGCGUUCCCUCACUAUCCCGGCAUCGUCGCGCAAUUCUGAGCAACAGCAUCGAAUAACCGGAGCUUGGUGGUUCCCGGGCUGCCGCGAUUUACCAAGAAGCACGAUCCCAGAUAUCUUCAAGAGAAAUGAAAUCAAUACAGGAUCUGCUCUCUCCAUAUUGAAAGUUCUUCCACUCCUAGAUCCCCUUCGAGGAGAAGAUCACAAGUUCACUGCCACCGACCUCUUUGCUUUCCAAGGAACGCAGACGGGAGCCGCGCUGAAGUCAUCCAUACCUGAAGUCAUCAGCAAUUGGCCAUCGUUGCUACCAGACCCAUCUAUUGCUUCUCUAUGUCCUCCGAUCUUGAUUGAUGAACAAGGCAAGACGGCAAAAGAGACACAGAUUUAUGUUUCUGCAGAAGACGAGAACAGUCUCCUCGUGAUAGGCGAUGACAAUGGCAAGCUUCACUGUUUCUUGGACGGGAGCUAUUACCUAGGGCCAAUCAGUACACUUCCAUCGACUGUGCCAAUGGCAGUAUUCAAGGAUCCGAAGCAACCGCUACUUCUACUUCAUCCUCGGGUUUCAGCCUCCGACCUCUUGUCUGCCACGUUUGCGCCUCUAUCGGUCGACUUACCGUUGCUUGCCUCCCAUAGAAUUAGAGAUUUCGCCAGGCUAUCCUCCGCCGCACGGGAGUUGAUGUGGUAUGUCAUGCGGGUCAUUGAGGACCUGCGCGAAGUCUGGUUUGGUUCUGGUUCACUUACUGGAGCACGAGAAGCUGGCCCAAAAUGGAUUCAGCUGCUAGAAACCAGACUUCGUGACCAAUUUGGCCAGAAGGAGCCUAGUGCGAUUCUCGAGCUCACUGGCCUCCUAGUCGCUGGUUUGUGUUCUGAGGGACUUUCGGAUUUCUUAUCGUCCAGCGAACAAAUGAGUGAAAGGUCUCUCCAGAAAUGGGAGUCCACGGUGACUGACGCACUCAUUAAACUGCGCGACUUCUCUACGUUGCGACUUGUUCCUGCGCUUCAACGGUUACAUAUCAUUUUUGAAGAAGUUCGAGGCUGGUCACUUAUUCCUCAAUUCGCCUUGUUUGGAUUCAACACUGACGACAUUACUCAUUGUCUGUCUUCGCUGAAGCAAGGCAUCUUCAUUGCCAAUUUGUUGGCAUUUCAAGCAAGAGGGGAACUCGGGUCAUUCAAACACUUCCUGAGUUUUCUUCGGUAUGAAAUCGCCUUGGCAGGUAACUCCCCCGAGACCCGCUCACCCCCUGAACAUGAUAUCCUUGAAGUCAAUCACUAUUUAAUGUCCGGGCUGAAAACAAGUCAAAUAGACCGGUGGUUCACAGGACCAGCUCCCCAAUUUGAUCCCGGAGAUCUUGGCUUGCCUCGACACAACACGGAUACUAACAAAGUUCUUGAAGAAGCACUGGAACAAGCCCACACCGCGUUGCAGGAUCCUUCCCAAACAUCAUGGCAGCCGAAAGUCUCCACGGCCGACAAAUCACAUCUAGACAGGAAUCUGUGGGUACUCGUUCAUGAUUUGGCUGUCCGGUGUCAGCGGGUAUUCGCGCAUGUUUCGAAAGCUACCGCUCGAUCAGCCAUCGUGUCAGGUGGUGGUGCUACGCCAUUUCAGGUAGAGGCGAGUGAAACAGUUUCAAGCGGUGCUUGUCAAUUUAUCUGCGAAAGAAUUGUUCGACGAAAUGAGGUGAGUCAUGCUCUUUACAGUGCACUUGACAACCACCUGCAGCAUCUCGCGAUCUAUUUGGCCUCGGAAAUGCGGCCCCUUUUCUGCUUGACCCGGACGCCUUACGCAAAAUGUGCCGCUGGGGUUCCGCUGCAUAUUGAUGUCACUGUUAUGGAGUGUUCCAUAGUUGGACAUGACCCCGGCGGUGUUACCGAUGUUCAUCUUUGCAACGCCGAGUUUUUCGACGACGAAAUCCUCGUCAUCGUAUACAAAGUCAGAGGAGCGGAAGGCAAGCCCUUAUUUAUCGCCCUAGAGUAUCAAACACAAUCAGAAGGACACGUAAAUGGCCCCGCGCGAAAAGAUAUGAUAGCCAACGUGCUUCAAAGGUUGAACGAGGGGCAUCUCUCGUUGAAACCCAUCCCGAUCAAGAGACGCCGCCAAUUGACCGCGUGCAGAGACGGAUCAGUAUCCCUCGCGGUCAACGGAAGAGUUGGAAGGAGAGUUGUUUGUAUACUUGACGGUGAUGGGACGACAAUGGAUAUACUGGAUAUGGAAGGAGAGGAAGAUAUGGAAGCUGAGGAUGAAUCCGAGAUGGGGGCACCACCGUAACGAGAGGGUGGGUGAUUCGGUCCGUAGAUUUUGCAUUCGCGGCCUCAUUUUCAUGGGACACGGCGUGUCUAAGCCGAAAAGAUGGAUGACUAUGUCCUUGGUGUGCCCCUUUAGGGUCGUGAAUCUCCAUUAGUGCGUUGAUCGCGGUCACUGCGGUGAGUUGGAGUGAGAGAAGAGUGGAGAAGAGUUAGAUCUAUAGAGUGCAAUCGGCCGUCACAACGCGGCCUAUGAAGGAUUGGAUCGGGUGUUCGACCGCACAUACGCCAGUUCCUGAGAGGGUUGCUACCGGGUACGUUGAUUCGGGAAUGAAUGCAGAUCACACAAGGGAUCACAGUCAGGUGGAUGAUUGUAAAAGAGCCGGCCCAUCACCUGAAGGUCAAACGUCUGCCAGCAUCUACGAUUCUGGACAUUUACAAACAUAUUAUGAUUCCGAAUUGCAAUA